AACAUGGAGGAGAUAAUAAAGAAUGAUGCCAAGACAGUGAUUUUUUGUACGGUCGCCGGGUAAGACAAUAUGGGAGCAAGGAGAUGCACCUCAUGAUCAAGGGGCGAGAUAGCGAAGAGAAAUAUUGUUCCCCACCAGUUUCGUGUCAAGUUACCGCUCCGGUAUCAAGCGAGCUUCGGCCGUUGACUGCUGAGUUCGUUAUGUGUUUUACAGGUUACUUGAUCGCUUGGUUGACAUUCAUCCGAAUAGGAUACGCGAGUGAUUUUUGUUCUGCUGAUAUUCAGGGGAAUUGCGGCCUGGAAAAUGAAUCUCGGAAUAAAUAUGCAGAGGGGCACGAGCAAAGAUAUUCCUUGUAUCUAGAGGCGAUACACUCUGCAAACAAUGUUGUCGAAGAGUCUACGGAAGAUUGCACCAGUCAUAAGAACUGCGAACUUUACGUAGACAUCAUAGAAGCUGAUCUGAAGCCUUUCCGGGAAACUGGUAUCUCGAGGGUAUUGAUCGAGGCUGCUAAAGCAAGAGGAACCUACUACCAGAUAAUAAAUGGCAAACUCUACAGAGAAAAGGAAUGUAUGUUUCCAUCGAGAUGUGCAGGAAUUGAGCAUUUUAUUAUAUCUUUGAUCGGUGAUCUGCCUAACAUGGAUUUAGUUAUGAACAUCAAGGAUCACCCACAGUCUAGUAAACAUUUUGGCAAACCCCUUCCUGUCUUCUCAUUCAGCAAAACUCAGGAGUACUACGAUAUAACAUAUCCGGCAUGGAGCUUCUGGGAAGGAGGUCCAGCAAUAUCAUUGUAUCCACGAGGUCUUGGUCGUUGGGAUUUGCAUAGAAAAUCUUUGAACGAAGCAAGCAAGAAAAGACCAUGGAAGGCCAAAGAAGAUAGAGCAUUUUUUCGUGGGUCUAGGACAAGCAACGAGCGGGAUAACCUGGUUAUGUUAAGUCGCAGAAGGCCAGAUCUCGUUGAAGCUAGAUACACAAAGAACCAAGCCUGGAAGUCCGAAGCGGAUACGCUUUACAAACCUCCGGCAGAUGAGAUAUCUCUCGAAUCCCACUGUGAUUACAAGUACCUGUUCAACUUCAGGGGAGUGGCAGCUUCUUUCAGACACAAACAUCUGUUCCUCUGUCGAUCGCUGGUGUUUCACGUCGGAAAUCAAUGGACAGAGUUCUACUAUGGUGCCAUGAAGCCGUGGUUGCAUUUUAUCCCGGUUCCAACCGAUGCCACCCAAGAGCAUUUAGAAGAAUUGAUCCUCUUUGCGAGAAAAAACGAUGCUGUUGCUCGAAAGAUCGCAAACCAAGGAAGAGAUUUUAUAUGGAAUCAUCUGAGGAUGGAAAACGUAACUCAUUUCUGGAAAUCUUUACUCCAGAGAUACGGCGAGCUACUAGCCUAUAAACCGGUAUUGGACAAGACACUCAUCGAAAUCAGGGGCAAAUAAACUUGGAGUUAUAUUUUAAAAAAAUUUUCAAUCAACCGGAAUAAAUAUUUUUCUACCAAACUAAAGUGAGUGUAUAAUUCUCAUGCGAAAUCGAUUCGAUUUUAUUGAUAAUAAAUACAGGAUAUAGAUCAUUAUAGUACAAGA